AUGGAUAUACAAACAAAUACAACCAUAGAUAUAAUUUCGAAUGCUGAUUUACUUAAUUACGAACUAGAUAAUUUUAAAAAUUAUAAAAGUGCUUUUAAUAAAUAUAAUGUUUUAUAUGAUAAUUAUGAUAAUGAGUUAAGAGAAUUAAAUAAUUACGAGCAUGUUUUUAGGGAGGCAUGUAUGUGCUUUAAAUAUUUUGAAAAUAUACACCAUAAUUUAAAAAAAGUUAAUGAAUUAGACAAAAAUACGAAAGAACGAAUUUUAGAAAGUAGCGAAAUGACUAAAGAAAUUGUAGAUGAAAUAAGAAAACUGAAAAAGGAAAAAUAUGAUAUAAGCAAAAAAGAAAAAAUAUAUGAGAAAAUUUUAGAGGAAUAUAGUUUAAGCUCAUUGUGUUACAACAUUUUAACUGACUUAAAAAUAUCUUUAGAUAUAGAGUUUUUUGAACAUUUAAAACAUUUUGAAUAUACAAAAGAAAAUAUAAUAAAACUACUAAAUGAGAAUUCAUCGGAAAAAAUAUAUAAAUUUUAUUCAAAACAUUACAAUCAGAUAUUAAAUAAAGCGUGUAAAAAAAUGUGCUUAUACAUAAUACGGGAAAGCAAUCACUUCUUUUAUAAAAAAGGCAGGAAAAUUAUUAAUUUAUUAUUAUGUAACGUUUAUGAAGAAAAAGACAAAAGAAAAAUAAUAAUAAAAAAUUAUGUAGGAAAUUUUUCACUUAUAACCAAAAUGUGCUAUAAAAUUAUCGUUGAAAAUAUAGAAUAUUUUAAUAUGUGUUUAAGUAAUUUUGUACAUUAUAGAAAAAAAGUGAUAAAAAAAAAUUAUCAAGAUUUAAUAGCAAAUAAAUAUAAGACAACCACAAAGAAGAUGAAUAUACAAGAAUUAGAUGAUGAAAAUGAUUAUUCAACUCAAUAUAUUAAGAAUUUCUUUUCUAUUAUAUAUUAUUUGAUAACAUUGGAGGAUAAUUUUUUAAAAAUAUUUUUAUUGUUCAAUAAUUAUUAUGCAAGUACAACAGUUCCAUACAUUUCUGCACAUGUUGAAAAUAUGCAUAAUAACUUAUACGAUAUAGUUGAUACUUUAUAUAUUCCAUAUACUCAUUUUGUAGAAACCAAUCUAAAUAUAUACCCAAAAAGUUAUGAAUCAUGUUAUGAACUAUUUCAUAUUUUAAGCGUCUUCAUAUAUAAGCUGAAACAAUUUCAAGAUAACUACGAAAUAAAUGAUGAUAUUAAGAAUAUAAUUAUGGAAUAUUCUACUAAAACUAUUGCACACAAUAUUAAUAAGAAUGAGCAUAGUACAUUAAAAAUUCAAAAUGGUAAUGGCAAGGAUUACUCAUUUUUACAACAAGAUUAUGAAUUAAUUCUAACAAAAAAGAAUAGAAACAGCAGCUCCUUUUUAUGUGAUCCUUCUAAUAACAUAACAGACACUGUUCAGAAAAUGUUUCUGAAUGAUAAUAAUAUAGUGUUAAAUAAAAGGAACAAAGAAAAUGUACAUGCAAAUAAAUUUAGUAAUCCAGAGAAUACUAUAUGGGAAAAUGAUCCCUACACAGAAAAGACUGAAAAUUUGAAGAAAGCAGAAAGGAAUGUAAUACAACAAGUAGAACACGAAAAUAAUGAGUAUAUCAUAGAUGAUAACAAAUGUUAUAGUAUGAAUGAUUCUAAUUCAAAUAAACACAAUAAAGAUAAAAAUAAUGCAGAAAAUGUCAAUGGAAAAAACAAGAUGAAGGAGGGGAGCAAUAGUAGAAGAAGCAAUUUAGGUGAUUAUAAUAAAUCGAUUGAAAAAAUUAUUAGUAUAGAAAAAUAUAACUGUAAAAUAUUAAGUUAUACUCAAAAAAUUCAAAAGAAAGUAGAAAAUGAAUUUUUUUCAUUAUGGCAACAAGAUGUUGUAACCUUUUAUUUAAACAAGACAACUAAAAUUGAAGAUCCUAACUUUUUGGAUAACACACUAUUUUGUAUUAAAAAAAUUUUGAAUUGUUUAAAUAAUGUUUAUUCCAUUUAUAAAAACAGGGCGUUACUUGAAACAUCUAAUAACGAACAAAAUUUUCAAAGCGUACUUGAUAUCACUAUUAAUCCGUUAAUAAAUAAUUGUUUAAAAAAUAAAAAUCAAAAUGUAGAAACCGAUUACAUAUUUAUUGUAAACAUAUUUAUAUUUAUACAAGAUAGUAUAAAAAUAUUCGAAGGCUCUUCGAAAUAUUGUGACUUACUUACCAUAAUUAUUGAUGAAAAAAAGGAAAAAAUUUUACAGUUAGAAAAUUUUCAUAUAAUGAGUUAUUUACAAAUGGACAAAUAUUGUAUAGAGCAUGAAAAAAAAAAAAUAGAUGAAAUAAAAUAUAUUGUAGAAAAUUUCUAUAAAUUUGUUUUUUCCGAAAAAUUCAAUAAUUUUAAUAUUAUAAAUAAAAUUGAAUCCAAUGAUGUAAAAAACGAUUUGAAGUUAGCUAUACUAAACAAUUUACACAAAGCAUAUGUAAAUAUAUAUGAUCUGUACUCCACAGAAUUCAGCAUGACUUAUACUCCUGAGCAAAUAAAAGAUCUUCUUUUAAAAAAUUAUUGA